AGGAUUGCUGACUUUGCAGCAGCAUUUGCAACCUGCAAGAAAACACGAGAGAGCUCAAAUGUGUCGGGACAGCAAACUGAACUUUCUCUGAAACGGCAAGGGGUGUUCUGUGGAUUUCAUGGCUCUCCUCACCAACAUAGCCAUCCUGAUGGUGCUCGCUUGUAUUUCCCAUCAGAUGAUGUUGGGCAGCUGUCAGAGGAUCCACGGACGUAGAGGACGGGGGGACAGAGGACAUCGCAAGGAAAGAUCAGAACUGAGCCGUGUGAAAACGGCUGGAGGCAAACUGGUCACAAAAGAUGGUUCACGUUGCACCUGGACUGCAAUAGAAAAUGAUCCAUUGUUUCUCUUCAUUACUUGCAAAACUGGCGAAAACAGCUUCAUCUGUAGUUAUAUUGGCAGACCAGCUCUUUGUCCCCAAUAUACAUCCAAAACUUUACUCUACUGGAAGCAGAUUGCCAGGGCUCUGAAGAAGCAAAACAGCCUGUGUCAUAAUGAAAAGUUACUGGUGAGGGCAGGCAUGUGCAAACAAGCCCCCAGAGAGGCUCACUUUAGGCUCGUAGUUACCCAGAAGGCGGUGACUCCCUUGCCUUACAUUCCAGCAGCUCCAGACACAGACGCCAAAUCCUGCCUGCCUAAGAACAAGAAACUGGCCAAAGAGUUCUGCAGUGACUCCUGGUCUAGUGUUUGCACAUUUUUUUCCACCAUGGUGAACAAUUAUGAUUGCUGAGAUAGAAAAAGGCUUGGCUUGUGUGGUCACUUCAGAACAUACAGUAUUUAAGUGUAUACUUCAUGUAGCUUGUGGUCUUGUAAAGAGAUUGUAAGACUCAACUUGUAAAGUGAUAGUCACUGCACAUUGGAAAUAAAAUAACACUGCUUAUUCUACUUGCAUGAAAAUAUGUAUUUAUAUGAUAGAAACUAAAAUGUUAUGUGAACUUUAAAGUCAUUUUUUUCCCAUUGUAAUGAUGAAUAAUUAAAUCCAUCCAAAAUAAAUCAUAGCCAU